CUUAAUGUGUUUUCAUGUUUGUCCUCGUAAUACCAGCAUGACAGAAUCAGACUACAUCAAAAGCAGAUCACGCCAAACAGGUAGUUUAAUUAUGACCUAUUGGUGAAAUAACGGAGCACCACGUACCGCACUGUUUGCGCAAUCACCUCUUCUAUAGCUCGAGGAGGAGUUAGGCUCUAUUCGGACCUCUUGCGUUCCUCUCUCUUCUGCACACCAAUUUAGAGGUGCAAGUCUGUCCUUCUCCUCCACCUACUUCAUCUCGACAUCGGUCUUGGCUGUGACCCAUCAAUACAGUCAUGGCACCCAAAAAGAACAAGGCCGCUAAGAAGAACAAAGCUGACAUAAAUGAGAUAACAAUUCUGGUAGAGGACAGUCCCACCAACAAAAUCAAUGGGCUCAACACUCUCCUGGAAGGUGGAAAUGGUUUUAGUUGUAUCUCAACAGAGGUCACUGACCCCGUCUAUGCACCCAACCUCUUGGAGGGUCUUGGCCACAUGAGGCAAGACAGCUUCCUCUGUGAUCUGACUGUAGCAACCAAGUCCAGAUCCUUUGACGUUCACAAGGUUGUGAUGGCUUCCUGCAGUGAGUACAUCCAAAAUAUGCUCAGGAAGGAUCCAGCCCUCAAGAAGAUUGAGCUCAGUGAUUUGUCCCCAGUCGGUCUGGCUACAGUCAUCACAUACGCCUAUUCUGGAAAACUGACCUUGUCUUUGUACACCAUUGGUAGCACGAUAUCAGCAGCCAUGCUGUUGCAGAUCCAUUCUCUGGUGAAGAUGUGCAGCGAGUUCUUGAUGCGGGAGAUCAGCGUGGAGAACUGCAUGUAUGUUGUCAACAUCGCCGACACGUACAAUCUGAAAGAGACGAAAGACGCUGCGCAGAAGUUCAUGCGGGAGAACUUCAUCGAAUUCUCAGAAAUUGAACAGUUCCUAAAGCUCACCUAUGAGCAGAUCAGCGAAUUUCUCACGGACGACUCGCUCCAGUUGCCCUCUGAGCUCACAACUUUUCAGAUCGCAAUGAAGUGGUUAGACUUCGAUGAGAAGAGGUUGAAGUAUGCUCCUGAUCUGUUGUCCAGCAUCCGCUUUGGAACCAUCUCACCCCAGGAUCUUGUUAGUCACGUGCAGAUCGUUCCCAGGAUGAUGCAAGAUGCUGAGUGCCACCGUCUGUUGGUCGAUGCCAUGAAUUAUCACCUGCUGCCAUUCCAGCAGAACAUCCUGCAAUCCAGAAGAACCAAGGUCCGUGGAGGCCAACGAGUGCUGCUCACGGUGGGAGGCCGGCCUGCCCUAACCGAAAAAUCUCUCAGCAAGGACAUUCUCUACAGAGAUGAGGAUAGUGUCUGGAACAAGCUGACGGAGAUGCCCGCGAAGAGCUUCAAUCAGUGUGUGGCUGUUUUGGAUGGCUUCCUUUACGUAGCUGGUGGUGAAGACCAGAAUGAUGCUAGGAACCAAGCAAAACAUGCCGUCAGCAAUUUUAUCAGAUAUGACCCCCGAUUCAACACGUGGAUCCACCUGGCAAACAUGAUUCAAAAGCGCACUCAUUUCAGCCUCAACACCUUCAAUGGUCUCCUGUUCGCUGUAGGGGGGCGUAAUUCUGACGGCUGCCAGGCGUCUGUCGAGUGCUACGUUCCAUCCUCUAACCAAUGGCAAAUGAAAGCGGCAAUGGAAGUCCCUAGAUGUUGCCACGCUAGCACAGUAAUUGAUGGCAAGAUCUUGGUUAGCGGUGGUUACAUUAACAACGCCUAUUCUCGUGCUGUAUGUUCUUACGACCCAUCCACCGAUAGCUGGCAGGAUAAGAACAGCCUGAGCACCCCGAGAGGGUGGCACUGUUCAGUGAGCGUCGGAGAUCGCGCCUACGUUCUCGGCGGCAGCCAACUGGGCGGACGUGGCGAGAGGGUCGACGUCUUGCCAGUUGAAUGUUACAACCCUCACUCUGGCCAGUGGAGCUACAUUGCCGCCUUGCUCACAGGAGUGAGCACAGCUGGUGCUGCCACCUUGAAUAAUAAGAUUCACCUCCUGGGUGGCUGGAAUGAGAUUGAGAAGAAGUACAAAAAAUGUAUUCAGGUGUAUAACCCCGAUAUUAACGAAUGGACUGAGGAUGACGAAUUGCCAGAGGCAACGGUUGGUAUCUCAUGUUGUGUUGUCACCAUCCCCACACGCAAAACACGGGAGUCGAGGGCCAGCUCUGUAUCGUCCGCACCGAUUAGUAUAUAAGCAGCGAGGGAUAGUGGGGAAAUGUAUUUGAGUUGCUAAAUGUGAUUGAGUGCAAAUUUUUAUCUUGCUGUUUGUUCAAAGUCAACUUUUAUCACAGAUGCCAAAAUUAAUUGUCAGUUCAUGGCAAUCUCGGAAAUGUUGAAUGUAAAAUCACAACAUAGAAACUGACAAAGUUCAAUUAUGCAUACAAAUUAACAUUUAUUUCUAUAAGCCACUGUGUUUAAAAUUGAAGCGAUUUGAAAACAACUAAAGAUGGAUGCAUUUCAAAGAUGGUUCAUAGGGUGUGGGAACAGGAAAAGUGAGAGAGAUUUGUCUUGGAGGUUUAUGGAAAAGGAAAUACAUACAAACAAUACGGGUUACAGUCAUAAUUUUCAUUGGGAAAUUAUUUUCCAAGUGGGGCCAAUUCUACGGUUAUGAUUUGAUUAGUCACUUAAUGUGCAAAAUGGGGUAAUUGCAACACUGCAAACUGUCCACAUAUAUUAGACAUUGUCCUUUGAUCACCAAACAAUGAAAUAUCCUUUAAAAAAAGCCUGCGGAUACUUAUUACAGCAUUAUUCUCCAAUGAUGCCAUUCUUAUUGCACUGCAGACAUGUGAGCUAAUACACAAGGGAGCAUAGACUCAAUACACAUUGAGAAAGCCAGGUUUUAACAUUUCACCUACAACUAUCAGGCAGUUUAUUUAAUCAUGUAAUACACCAACAAAGCGCUGCUGGCUCUUGGAAAAUCAAGCAAGUUAAUUAUAAGCAGGGUUGCUGGCAGGAGGAAUGACUGAGAACAACGUCCUUAGUUCUUAAUCAUUAGGCCACAGGGAGAAGGGUGACCCUGUUUGACUCCGUUUACACUGAAAAAAAAAUACAAAAACAGACACUAUGAUGAUUUGGGUGAUGAUGUGAAGAACACUGAAUAGGGCAUAAAAGGAUUUACACUGGUGGCAUAUUUUGUAAACCGAGAGAAUAAAUAAUUGUGAAAAAAAGUUGGGCCUGAACCGUCUAGACCAGU